AUGGCCCCAAUAACUUUUACAGAGACUGAGGUGAUAGAACAGCCUAUUCAUGAGACUGAUUACAUACAAUACAAGCUCUAUCAGCCAGCAAAGGAUACCAGAGACACAAAUGGGAUGAGCAACAGCAAAUCAUGUCAAAUAAGUCCCUACGAUCAAAUGCUAAGCCCCCAUGACCCCAAGUUCUUAGCCCCCAUACGAAGACUGGAGAAAAGCCUAGGAUUUAUGACUCCGAUUAGAUGGUUCAAUACUAUUUCUAUAAGCUUGAUGCACAUCAUGGCGACUAUUUGGCUCUUCAACUACAUGUUCCUGAACAAAAGAUCGCUAAAAUGGCAGACUUUUCUGUUUGGAUACCUUUUCGGCCUAGUAGCAGGGUUCGGAGUGACGGGCGGUGCACAUCGAUACUGGUGCCAUCGCUCAUACAAAGCAACACUACCUUUGCAAUGGAUUCUUGUCCUGUGUUAUUCAGUGGCUGGUCAGAACACAAUCUACGAGUGGGUUCGGGAUCAUCGAGUUCAUCAUAAAUUCUCCGAAACGUCAGCAGACCCUCACGAUGCCAACCGAGGCUUCUUCUUCUCCCACGUCGGCUGGCUGAUGAUGAAAAAGCACCCUGACGUGUUGAAGCAAGGCGUCAAGAUUGAUAUGAGUGACAUUGUCAAUGAUCCUCUUGUUCAGUUCCAUACUAGGCACUUCAUGCUAUUCAAGAUAUUAUGCUGCUGGGUCCUACCAUCGUUGGUACCUGCCCUCUGCUGGAACGAAACCUGGGAAGUAUCCAUAAUGUCGCAGGCAGUAAUCCGGUACUUGUUGAGCCUCAACUUUACCUGGUCUGUCAACAGCUUCGCACAUCUGUGGGGCAACAAACCUUAUGACAAAAACAUAAUGCCUGUUGAAAAUUGGGGAGUUUCCGUGGUAGCGAUGGGUGAAGGUUGGCACAACUACCAUCAUACUUUCCCAUGGGACUACAAGGCAGCUGAACUAGGAAUACCCAUGAACAUGACCACUACAAUAUUAAAUUACUUCGCAAGUAUUGGUUGGGCUUACGAUUUGAAAGAAGCAUCUCCAGCCCUUGUCAGAGCAGUUGCAAAGGCCCGAGGAGAACCAGCCGAAGACUAA